AGCAAUAGCAAGCUCUCUUUGCACAAGGAAAAAAUUCUACAAUGCAGUCCUUCACUGUAAUUUGCUUCGUCGCUUUGUGCACCAUGGCCAUCACUACCAUGGCCUAUCCCCAGGAACCGGUGCUGGCGGACGAAGUCCAAUCUUACGCUAAUUCGCUGUUCGAUGAACUCCCAGAGGAAUCUUAUACGGCUGCCGUGGAGAACUACCGGCUCAAACGAGCCACCUGCGACCUAUUGAGCGGGUUCGGAGUAAACGAUAGUGCGUGCGCUGCUCAUUGCAUUGCUCGUGGUAAUCGGGGAGGAUACUGCAACUCCAAGAAGGUUUGCGUUUGCCGCAAUUGAAAACAAAAAUGUAUCUUCAAGCAACUUCUCUUAAUCCAAACGUUCCUAUUAAAUUCUAAAUAAAUAAAUGAUUGAAUUUUAUUCAAAGUAAA